AGAUGAGCUUGAUCAGGUGGCCCCACUGCCGGCUCUUCUCAGCUGGGGACUGAUGUCCCAGAACCCUCCGGAGAAGGGCCAGGCCUGCCCCCGCCGCCGCCACCCUGGUUGCCCCUCAGGCCGUCAGAGUUCCGAGGCAGGCGCCGUAGCCGCGAUGUACACGUUCCUGCCCGACAACUUCUCGCCUGCCAAGCCCAAGCCGUCCAAAGAGCUGAAGCCGCUGCUGGGCUCCGCGGUGCUGGGGCUACUGCUGGUGCUGGCGGCGGUCGUGGCCUGGUGCUACUACAGCGUCUCCCUGCGCAAGGCGGAACGGCUCCGCGCGGAGCUGCUGGACCUCAACCGCGGCGGCUUCUCCAUCCGCAACCAGAAGGGUGAGCAGGUCUUCCGCCUGGCCUUCCGUUCCGGCGCGCUGGACCUCGACUCCUGCAGCCGCGAGGGCGCCCUGCUUGGCUGCUCGCGCACGGCCGAUGGGCGCCCGCUGCACUUCUUCAUCCAGACCGUGCGGCCCAAGGACACGGUCAUGUGCUACCGCGUGCGCUGGGAGGAGGCGGCGCCGGGACGCGCCGUGGAGCACGCCAUGUUCCUGGGCGACGCGGCGGCGCACUGGUAUGGCGGCGCCGAGAUGAGGACUCAACACUGGCCCAUCCGCCUGGACGGCCAGCAGGAGCCGCAGCCCUUCGUCACCAGCGACGUCUACUCCUCCGACGCCGCGUUCGGGGGCAUCCUGGAACGCUACUGGCUCUCUUCGCGCGCGGCCGCCAUCAAAGUCAACGACUCGGUGCCCUUCCAUCUGGGCUGGAACGGCACGGAGCGCUCCCUGCGGCUGCAGGCGCGCUACCACGACACGCCCUACAAGCCCCCCGCCGGCCGCACGGCGGCGCUAGAGCUGAGCUACCGCGUGUGCGUGGGCUCCGACGUCACCUCCAUCCACAAGUACAUGGUGCGGCGCUACUUCAACAAGCCGUCACGGGUGCCAGCGCCCGAGGCCUUCCGAGACCCCAUUUGGUCCACGUGGGCGCUGUACGGGCGCGCCGUGGACCAGGACAAGGUGCUGCGUUUCGCCCAGGAGAUCCGCCAGCACCGCUUCAACAGCAGCCACCUGGAAGUCGACGACAUGUACACGCCCGCCUACGGCGACUUCGACUUCGACGAGGUCAAGUUCCCCAACGCCAGCGACAUGUUCCGCCGCCUGCGGGAGGCCGGCUUCCGCGUCACGCUCUGGGUGCACCCGUUCGUCAACUACAACUCAUCGCGCUUCGGCGAGGGCGUGGAGCGCGAGCUGUUCGUGCGGGAGCCCACGGGCCGGCUGCCCGCGCUGGUGCGCUGGUGGAACGGCAUCGGCGCGGUGCUGGACUUCACGCGCCCGGAGGCCCGCGACUGGUUCCAGGGACACCUGCGGCGGCUGCGCUCCCGCUACUCCGUGGCCUCGUUCAAGUUCGACGCGGGUGAGGUCAGCUACCUGCCGCGGGACUUCAGCACCUACAGGCCGCUGCCCGACCCCAGCGUGUGGAGCCGGCGCUACACGGAGAUGGCGCUGCCCUUCUUCUCGCUGGCGGAGGUCCGCGUGGGCUACCAGUCGCAGAACAUCUCGUGCUUCUUCCGCCUCGUGGAUCGCGACUCGGUGUGGGGCUACGACCUGGGGCUGCGCUCGCUCAUCCCCGCCGUGCUCACCGUCAGCAUGCUGGGUUACCCGUUCAUCUUGCCAGACAUGGUGGGCGGCAACUCGGCGCCCGAGCGCACGGCGGGCGGCGGCGGUGUGCCCGAGCGCGAGCUCUACAUUCGCUGGCUGGAGGUGGCCGCCUUCAUGCCGGCCAUGCAGUUCUCCGUCCCGCCCUGGCGAUACGACGCGGAAGUGGUGGCCGUCGCGCACAGGUUCGCCGCCCUGCGGGCCUCGCUCGUGGCGCCGCUGUUGCUGGAGCUGGCCGGUGAGGUCACCGACACGGGUGACCCCAUCGUGCGCCCCCUUUGGUGGAUUGCGCCCGGCGACGAGACGGCUCACCGCAUCGACUCGCAGUUCCUCAUAGGGGACACGCUGCUGGUGGCUCCGGUGCUGGAGCCAGGCAAGCAAGAGCGCGACGUCUACCUGCCCGCCGGCAAGUGGCGCAGCUACAAGGGUGAGCUUUUCGACAAGACGCCGGUGCUGCUCACUGAUUACCCGGUCGACCUGGACGAGGUCGCCUACUUUACCUGGGCGUCCUGAGCCAGUCCAGGACCCUGCAGCCGCACAGCCUCCAGCCCUCAUGCAGACCUUUAACCCUUCAUCACACCCGCAUCGCGUGCCCCCAGGAAGUCCCCAUCUCUGUACCGCUGCUCGUUAAGUGGGCGCUGACUUAAAUGCGCUGAGCCAGCUGCUGUGGGUGGGGCCUGGGGAGGGGGCAGUGAAGCAAACUCCCGCUUUAACGCACAAUCCUAACCGCUCUCUCCCCUCCACACUCACUCCAGGCUGCAGAACCCUCUUUCCUGGGGUGGGGACCAGAGAGCAC